CGGAAGCUGAGAAUCCUUUAUCAGCAGAUGUCCGUUCCGGUGCCGGCCGGCCGUCCCGCGGGGAAGGUCGCUUCCCCGGCCCCAAGUCGCAGCCUCCAGCCCUCUCGGCUGCCCCGGGCGCAGCGCCGGACGCUUUUCUAGCAGCCGCGCAAGCCCCGUGCGUGCGCGCCGGGGCUCCGGCUCAUCUCGCCGCCUCGCCCGCGCCGGGGCUGCGCUCCCGCCCGCGGGCCCAGCUGCCCGUGCCGGGGGGCCGAGCGGGGCCCGCGGGGGCUGGAGGCGGGGCCGGGAUGGCGGCCGGCGCGGCGCGGCUGCUGCUGGUCGCCCUGCUCGGCGCCGUCCCGGCCGCUGCCGAGCCCGAGCUGCAUUUCAGGCCGCCGGCCGAGGAUCCCGUGCGGCUCUUCACGGAGCCCGAGCUGGCCAGAUACGACGGGCAGCAGGAAGGACAGCCCAUUUACCUGGCGGUGAAGGGAGUAGUGUUUGAUGUCACUUCUGGAAAGGAAUUUUAUGGAAAAGGAGCCCCAUACAAUGCUUUGGUUGGAAAAGACUCAACAAGAGGAGUUGCAAAGAUGUCUCUUGAUCCCGCAGAUCUUACACAUGACAUAACAGGACUCUCAGAAGAGGAACUCAAGUCCCUGGAUGAUAUCUUCAAUAAUGUUUAUAAGGCCAAAUACCCAAUUGUUGGCUAUACUUCUCGACGAAUCCUGAAUGAGGAUGGCAGCCCCAAUCUGGACUUUAAACCUGAAGAUCAGCCACAUUUCAACAUUAAAGACGAGUUUUGAGGAACAUUUUUGUACCUAGAGAAUGCCUGGUAGAGUAUUGAUUGGUUCCCUGUUUUCUGGAGUUCAUUACAACAAUUAGCUAUCAGGAAUCAGUUUCUCUUUUAGAAAAUACAUAGGUGUGUACACACAUAGUUCAGAGGAAACAAACAGAUUUGUAUUAGUGUGGUACACUUGGGCUCUGCUUGCUCUGAAAUAUGGGAAUUGUUUCAUCUGAAAGAAACGACAAGACAAGGGGUAAUGGAAAGAAGCUGGAACACAAAAAGCUCCAUUUAAACAUAAGAAAAAACUAUUUCACUGUGAGGGUGAUGGAGCCCUGGCACAGGCUGCCCAGGGAGGGCGUGGAGGCUCCUUCCUUGGAGGUCUUCAAGACCUACCUGGAUAUGUUCCUGUGUGACCUAAUCUAGGUGGACCUGCUUUGGCAAGGGGGUUGGACUGGAUGAUCUUUAGAGGUCCCUUCCAACCCCUACCAUUCUGUGAUUCUAUGAAAGUUCCUUCUCUUUAGGUUUCUCUGAUGUAAAAUUACAUUCCUGAGAAAGGGUAAGGAAGUUUUUAAUAGCUGAAACAUAACUAGUCAUUUUGUAAUUCCCAAGUUGUUUCUCCCUCCUUGAAAAAGCAUGAAGGCCUUAUUUAGAUGAGGUAACAUCAGUUCUCUGUUUCAAGUGCACAUAGGUACCACGUGUACAAACAGGUGCAACAGAGGCUCAUGUCUUAAAAAGCGUUGUGGGAUUCAAUAUGUGAUGGGUUUGAGAAUACUGGGUAUAAAACCACUGAGUCUCUUAAAAUGCAGUUACUGUGGAAAAUUAUAGCCUACAGCUGUAAACUAAGAAAAAGAAAUCUUUUGUUCUCAUAAGAACUACUGUAACAUUUUAAGCAUGACUUUUACUAUGUUAGUUUUGAAUAAAUGACACUUAAAAAAAGAAUUAUCAAAGACAUCAUCUCUGAUGGAUGAUGAUGAUUUCCUUCUAGUGUCCUCCUCCUCUCUGACAAAAUCCUGAAAUGAUAGCUUACUGUUUACCACAUACUUUUAUAGCACAAGUGUGUCAUAGUAGCUUACUAUCCUGUGGAUAUUGUUAGCAUCUCUGUAUCAUCAGUUUCAGCUCUUUAUAAUUUCUGUUAGUUUCAAUUUGUUCUUACUCUGGCUUCAUCAUUGCUGUUGCAAUUAAUCUGUUCCUCUUCCUUUUGACCUAAUUCAAAACUGCAUGUCCAAAGGGUGAAAGCAGACCCCCUUUAUGGGGUUUCUCUGGCAGCCUUUCAGCAACAAGAGGACUGUAAAAGCAUGUGCUAUACUGACUUUCACUAACUUUGGUAGAGUGUGAGUUCUCAUGUAUGUUGAUUUAUCUGCUAUUGGGACAGGUUGGUUUGACGUGGAAAAAUUCUGUAUUAAAAACAAUAUAUAAUAAAAAUGCAGUUCUAGAUUUUGUUCUAUUUCUUUAGCAUUUUGGAAAGAUUUUAUCAGCUGAUUCUCCACUCUCUGGUUUGCAGGGGACAGCUGCCUGUCAGUUGAGCAACUAUCAGAGCUGUUUCUGUUUAUUUGUCCUUUCUUUCACAGUGUUACACAACUUGAUUUGCAUUUUACCAUUAGGCCAUGGAAUCUGCAGGAGGGUCCAUGGGCCCCCUCCCAUUAUUAAUAAAUAAUUAAGUACCUAAGAAAAUACUAUUACUUUGCUGAGUUGUCUUAGUAGUGGUAGUAUUAUUACUUCUGACCUUUCUGAUUAGAUCCAACAGCAGCUGGUUGGUACCUUCCCCCAGGUAUGUGUGUUUAGAAGAAUGCCAUGUUUAUGGGAAUGCAUGUGGGGUCAGUGCUAAUGGUGGUUGUUCUUUUGACAGUGUUUCACAAAUAAUUUUCCAAUGCCUACUGUUUUUUUCCCCUUCUCUACCUUUCCUUUUCUACUUCCUUAAGGGAAGCUUCAGUAGCUGUGCUACUGUGAUUACUGUAAUAGUCUUGGCUUCUUCUGCAUAUCCAGCUGCAUUUCAAAGAUGAUGUAGCUAGGUCAUAACUCAGCACCACUGAGGGGCUACUAAGCCCCUAAGAAUAUUACUAAGAGUAAGAAUAUUCUGUCCCUGCUUUUCCUGUUCAUGCUGGGAAGGUCACCUUUUUUGAUCUCAAAGCAGAUAACUCAGUUUCUAUUUGUACUAAAUUUCAAGUUCAUUUCAAUGGUGAAACUCACCUGUUGCAACUGGAAAUGCUGAUACAAACCUCACUCUUGUAGCGUGAGAUCCUUGGAGGUCCAACUCCAAUCCAGUCCACUCAUGUCUGUGAACAGAGGCAGAUGCUCUAGUCCUUCCUUUUUGUCACCGAAGACAAGAUUAUCACAACUGAGUGCAUUUAGAAUGCAAAACAUUUCCCUUGAUGGUUUUAUUCAGUUGUCAACUGAAGGAUUCACAUUUAAUUACUUCCUAGGCUAUAUAAUAAGUGGGCAUAACACUUUCACUGGCUACUCUUUAAAAAUGAAUUCCGAGUACCACAGUAUGUCUUUUAGUGCUAAGUUAAUGAUGCUAAUUUAUGUCUAAGGUCAUUACUUGCCAAGAGUCUGAAAUUUAUUUUGCUAUCCUUGCUUUUUGCUAUAUUUGCUGUAAUUGUACGCUAUCCUUGUUUUCCAGUCAGCUGCAUUUCCCUUACCUCUAUUUUUCCAGUAAAACAGGUGGCCUCACUAUCAAUAAAUUGCACUCAAAGCAAGCAAGCUGUGUAAAGCCCUGUUUUAGCCCUCCUGAUACUCCACAUGUCUUUUGGAGAGUGAAUUUUUCUUUUCAGUUGACUUACUGCUUCCAGGUAGCAUUGCACGUCACUGUUUUUGUUGUGCUGCUUUUAAUUUGCAUCUGGCUAAUUUAAGGUGGGUGUUGGAAUGGUUGGCGGUUUUAACGAGUUGCUACACCAAGAAUAACGUUACUUUAGUAUUUAACAAGAGUUUGCUCUUCAGAAUGUUAAGAAUUACCAGAUCUUUUAGAGGAUGUAUAACCUGAGUUGCUGUUUUCCACCUGGCACUCUUUUCAGCAGUCCCUCACUUUCAUCCUAAUACAUUGGACUAACUUGUGUGACAGGGUAGAUUCUAUCUUCUGUACUUUCAAGAAGCACUUCUCUGAACAACAACUGGAGCAAGAGGACUAAUCGUGUAAGCAACCAAAAUUCAAGAAAGGGUUUAUGAAAUGCAAACCAAAGUACUAACUUUGUUUUGGCAGUUGUAGAGACUGCAGUUCAGUGAAAUCCUACUAAGAACAUAUAAAGUGUGUUAGCAGCUGUUAGUCAUCGUUAGUAGUUGUCGCAUCCUAAUCUAAACAAGACCACCACCAGAAUGCAGGGACUCUGGAUCCUGUAGAUUGAGUGGCUGAGAUUUUUCUUAGAAAGAAUUUGGGAUUAGAUAUAAAGUUAUUCCUUUCCUGCCUGUAAUGUGUAUAUGGACACCAUUCUUUUUCUGGUCCUUUGCCAAAAUACAAGCAUUUGAGGUUUUGUUUAUUUAUUUAAGUGAAUCAGUUCCUUUAUUAGUUUUCUUAUGCAGAAAAGUCUUUGUGUUUCUUUGAAAACUGCAGCCUAAGCUAAUAUUCUUUGUGGCCUGGCUAUGAAUUCAUAGAAACGUGGGAAACAGUGUAGGAUCAUGUUUCAAACUGUGCUUGUCAGACUUUUAACGUUUCAGUAAAAAUUAAAAGAGGAUACUUACCA